AUGCAAAGCAUGAACCAACGUUACCUCUUGCUCAAGAAGCUCACAUUCAGGCUGCUCUGUGCUGCGCUGUGUUUCGGCUUCUCGGGCGCUGCUCGGGGUCUCGAUUCUGGUCUCAUUGCGAGUACCGUUGCGGAACAAUCAUUCAUCGAUCAGUUUCAUCUAAAGGCCAGCUACCUCAGUGCAUCCCAGAAAGCCAAUCGAUUGUCCAACAUCACGUCAAUGGUCCAUAUUGGCAGCUUGCCUGGUGCCAUAGUCGCAUUCAUUUGCAGCGAGCGCAUCGGAAUAUUGUGGACAAUCCGACAAUGUUGCCUGCUCUGGAUCAUAGGCUCCUUGGUCUUCAUGACUUCACGAAACCUUGGUCAGGUAUACGCAGGUCGUUUUAUCAUGGGCCUCGGUAUUGGACAGUUUGGUGUUGUUGCUCCCAUCUACCUCGGUGAAGUGGCUCCCAGGGAGAUUCGCGGGAUGCUCGUGGGUACCUACGGCAUGUCAGAAUACCUGGGAAUUAUGAUCGGUUACUUCUCCAUAUGGGGGGCAUCUAUCCACAUCCCUAGCUCGAGUGCCAAACAGUGGAUCAUCCCGCAGAGCGUACAGAUCAUGUGGGCAGGCUUGCUUCUUAUCUCAUCCCUGUUUUGUGAGGAGAGUCCGCGAUUUUUAUGUCGACAGGGCCGUCCAAAAGCAGCACUCCAUUCCCUUGCACGAUUGUGGAACCUGUCGCCGUUGGAUCCAGGAAUACAUGUCGAGGUUUCAAAUGCUCAAAUUCAGCUGGAACUUGAACGCCAGGUGCCAUCAAGAAUGCGGUACUUUGGCGCACUGAAAGAGCUUUUUGGAACCAAGGCUCAUUUGAAGCGGAUUGCUUUCGUCUUUGUUUUGCAGUGCUUGGGCGAAUGGUCCGGUCCAAACUCAGUAACAACAUAUGCACCAGAGUUGUUUGGAAUUUUCGGGAUCCAAGGGCAGUCGCAAAAGCUCUUCACUACAGCCAUUUUCGGUGCUGUGAAGUUUGCAUUUUCCUUGAUUUCUGCACUGUUCUUGAUAGACUCUCUGGGCAGGAGAAAGACCUUAUACCUCGGGCUCAUAAUCCAGGUCAUUGCUUUGACUUAUGAUUCGGUUUUUCUAACUGUUUUCUCUUCCUUAUCAGGCGACUCUCAGCAAGAGUCAGCAACAAAGCAUGCUGCCAUUUGCGCGAUCGUGAUGAUCUAUUUCAUCGGUAUUGGAUGGGCUUUGGGGUGGAACUCCAUCCAGUAUCUGAUCACGGCAGAAUCGUUCCCGCUGGGUGUAAGGAUUGCAGGGGUAAGCCUUGUCACACUAUGGCAUUAUGCAAACCGGAUCGGCAUCUCCAAGGCGACCACGUUGAUGCUUCUCGACCACGACUCCCUCACACCUAAGGGCACUUUCUGGUUUUUCACAGGGAUGUCUUUGCUAGGCCUUGUGUUUACGUGGUUGUUUCUGCCUGAGACUUCCGGGAAGGGGUUGGAGGAAACCAAUAAGCUGUAUGGUGAGAGUGGCAAAUCCCCGCACGACGAGGAGGUGGUUUAA